AUGUUAAGUAGUUCCGACUUCGAACAGGAGGAAGUAGGAAGUAGUAAAGGUGAGUUUCAAGGUUUACUUAAUAAAAGUAAUGAUAAUAUUGUAAAAAAUGGAGAUGAUGUAAAUGGUGUUAAUAGUACAAAUAAUAAUAAUAAUAAUAAUAACAAUAAUAAUAAUAAUAAUAAUAAUAAUACUAGUGGUGGUGUAAGUGGUAUAAUUAGUAGUCUUAUUCAACAUGGAUCAAAUUUAUUAAAUUCCCCUUCCAAUGAAAAUGAAAAAGAGAAAGAAAAAUAUUUAAAUAGUAAUGAUACAAAUAGUAAUAAUACAGAUAUUAAUAAUAAUAAUAAUAAUAAUAAUAAUAAUAAUAAUAAUAAUAAUAAUAAUAAUAAUAAUAAUAAUAAUAAUAAUAAUAAUAAUAAUAAUAAUAAUAAUAAUAAUAAUAAUAAUAAUAAUAAUAAUAUAAAAGUUAAAUCAACUAAAAAAGCAUUAUAUAAAUUGGAAGAAGAGGAAGAAACAAAUAGUAGUGGAGGUGAGCAAUCUUCAUUAAAUAAUAUUAUCCUCAACAAUAACAGCAGCAACAAUAAUAAUAAUAAUAAUAACAAUAAUGAAAAUAGUAGUAAUAAUAAUAAAAUUAGUGAAAAAAAGAAAACAACAUCAUUUUUAAAAAAUAAAAAUCUUGAAAAUGGUAUUGGUGAUAGUUGUGGUGAUGAUUAUGAUGAUAAUGAAGAUGGUGUACCAUUACCAUUAUUAAAUAGUAUUAAUAAUAGUACUAAAUAUGAUGAUGAAAAUAGUUUAAAGGUUGAUAGUAUGGAUACCUGUAAGAAUGCUGACCAUUUACAUUAUUCAGCACAUGAAGAGAAAACUCACAAUAACUAUCAGCUAUCUACCUAUGAUAAAAUCCCUCCCUACCUACAGGGUAAUGAAUUCAUUGCCACGGGGUACAGAGUGAACUUUUCUUAUAAACUUUGCUUAAAAAGCAUAUUUAGAUUACAUAAUGAAACUUUAAAUAUUUGGACUCAUUUAUUAGGUACAAUUUUAUUUUUAAUAUUAAUGAUUUAUACAUUAACAUCAAGAUUAAGAGAAGAUGCAACAUCAGUUGAUAAAUUUGUAUUUUGUAUGUUUUUUAUUUGUGCACAAGCACAAAUGUUAUUUUCAGCGACUUUUCAUACAUUUUGUUCGGUAAGUGGUAAAGUUUAUUUAUGGAUGGCAAGACUUGAUUAUACUGGUAUUAGUUUGAUGAUAGUUGGUUCUCAUUAUCCGCCAAUUUAUUAUCUAUUUGAAAAAUGUCAUCCAACAUCUGGAUUAUUCUAUUUGAUAUUGAUUAGUUGUAUGGGUGUGGUUGGUGUAAUCGUUGGUAUGAUACCAAUCUUUCAAACUUACUCAUUUCGUACAUUUAGAACUGUGUUCUUUGUAGUGUUUGGGUUAUUCAUUCUAAUUCCAUUACCACAAAUUUGUGCACAAAUGGGAUUCUCUUUUAUUUGGCCAAUUUUGGGAAGAUUGAUUAUUAUGGGUAGUCUUUAUAUUUUCGGUGCUGUCAUUUAUGCAACUAGAUAUCCAGAAUGUUGUUGUCGUCCAGGUUCUUUAGAUAAAGGUUUUUCAUCACAUGUAAUUUGGCAUUGUUUUGUUGUUGCUGGUGCUAUAAUGUCUUUCUUUAAUUGUCUUUAUGCUUAUGAUCAUUAUUCUGGUCCAAACGCUUCUGAAUGUCCGUUAUAA